CUAUAUCCAUUAAUUCUUCUUCUUCUCCAAGCAUUUAUUUUACUCUAAAGUCUGAAUCACUCCCAUAAUCUCCUUUCAGCUUAAAAAUUCAAGGAUGAAUCACAACCAGCAACAAUUCAACCAGCCCUCAGCAGCUGCAUAUCCACCACCGCCGACAUCUAGGAUGCCAGAACCUUAUGUGACCGCACCACCAGCUGGUUAUCCGAUGAGCAAAGAUGAGUCCCAAAAACCCGGUGCUCUAGAAACCAAGUCCAGAGGUGAUGGUUUCUGGAAGGGAUGUUGUGCAGCGCUGUGUUGCUGUUGUCUUCUGGAUGCAUGCUUUUGAAGCGUUCUUGUAUGAUUAUGAAGAGUUUGAUUUGUUUAUCUGUAGGGUUUGGUUUCCCUUGUUCAUUGUUUUGUAUAAAUGGGGACUCUUUAUCUGCCCAUUUACUUGUGUUUUGAAUAAAACUAUUAUUAUUAUUUUUUUCAA